AUGGAAGCCAUCAGUGACUAUGUCACCCCGAUGCUUGCACAGGCCUCGGCUUUCUGGGCUAACAUUGUGGACACUUACUCCGCCCAAAGAAUCGAGUUUGUGGGCACAUUGCUUGUUCAAGUCCUCACAUUCUGGUUGCCCUCGAUCGUCUACCUUUUCCUCGAUGUGAUUGCGCCCAAAUUCAGUCAGAGGCACAAAAUUCAGCCGGCCCCAAAACAGCCCACCCGCAGUGACAUCGUGCGCUGUUUCGUCGUCGUUACUCAGAACCAGAUCCUCUCGUCCGUGCUACACCUGAGCCUGAUAUACAUUAGCAGCAAAGCUGGAUCUGGGUCAUCCUAUCGUGUCACCACAACCCUGCCCUCGGCAUUUGAAUUUGUUCGUGACUUUGCAAUCAGUCUGGUCCUCCGCGAAGCGAUGUUCUACUACAGCCAUCGACUUCUUCACAUCCCCUAUCUGUACCGACGCAUCCACAAAAAGCAUCACAAAUUCACGGCUCCCAUUGCGCUAGCAGCUCAGUUCGCGCAUCCGAUCGAGCAAAUCUUCGCGAAUGCACUGCCGAUCUCGCUGCCACCGCAGCUAUUGCAUAGCCACGUGCUGACUUUCUGGGCUUACCUUGCCUGGGAACUGUUCAAUACGGCAACUGUCCAUAGUGGGUACGAUUUCUUUGGGAACAAGGCGAAAAUGCACGACCUGCACCACGAGAAGUUCAACCUCAAUUACGGGUCAAUUGGAUUCCUUGAUUGGGUACAUGGAACGAAUACGUUGGGGAAGCGACACUCCGAAUAA